AUGGCGACGCUUGUCAGCUGCGCAAUUGGUCGUCUUUUCACCACGUCACGCGUGGAACAGGCGGGAAGCGUCCCAAAACUGGCGGGAAUAGGCCCAGUGACCCAAGUCAACUUCCAGGGGAUACAGACAGUUUCGAAAAUGCCGGGACAGGUCGCAUCCCUUACGCUGAAGUUCGCGAAGCUUUCAAAGAACGCUUAUGCACCGACCAAAGGUUCCCCGAGCGCCGCGGGUUUCGAUCUUUACAGUGCGUACGACUACAAUGUGCCAAGCCGGGGAAAAUGCGUGUGCCUGACGGACAUCCAGAUAGCGGUGCCCGACGGAUGCUACGGUCGCGUCGCUCCACGGUCCGGUCUUGCGGCCAAGCACUUCAUCGACGUCGGAGCUGGUGUCAUUGAUCAGGAUUACCGAGGGAACGUCGGAGUGGUCCUGUUCAACUUCGGCGACACCGACUUUAAAGUGAGCAAAGGUGACAGGAUAGCCCAGCUUGUCUGCGAGAAGAUUGCCUACCCAACACUCGAGGAAGCUGAGACGCUGGACUCUACGGAACGCGGCGAUGGAGGCUUUGGAUCCACCGGAACGCAGUAGCGGUUCUUUCGUUUCUUCACCAGUGUUUUGGAGCGAGGGAAUUUGAUGGCUGUGGCCACAGUUCCUUGCAUUCUAUUUAUUGCACGUUGCGUAAAUAAUUGGACGUGCAACAUUGUUGGCACCACCCUUACACUUUCUUUUUAGGCUUGUGCGUAAUAAAAAAAAUGCAGAAUUA